AUGGUACAAGUUGUAGUAAAGUUGUCAAAAUUAUUCUCUACUACUCCACUCAAAACCGGCGGAGUCCUCUGGGCACUGAUGAAGUCAGACAUUCCAUACUUAGAGCUAGCAGAACCAGAUGAAGGCUACCAUGGGUUGAUCCGAGAGAACGAGACGCUAGUGGAGGUAACGCCGGCGAUCCGAGCGAGGGGGCCGCUGUGCUCGUUCCUCAUCCUGAAUAAUAAACACCAUGGGGAAGCCCCUUUUGAGAUAAUGGUGAUAGAUGAGAACGAAGCGCGGCUGCGCGUGCGCUACCCACUCAACUGCGAGAAACGUCGCAACUAUAAGUUCGACAUCGCCGCUGUUGGCUGCGACGGCUCUUAUUCUAACACGGUUCCCGUACACAUAACAGUGACGGAUGUGAACGAAUUUCCGCCAGUAUUCAGUCAGUCGGCGUACGUACGCUCCGUAGAUGAAGGGAAGCUGUACGAUGAGAUAGUGCGGGUAGAGGCCACUGAUAGAGACUGUACCCCGCGCUACGGGGACGUGUGCAAGUACGAAAUAUUAAACGAUGGAGACCGCAGCCAGCCCUUUAGCAUCAAUAAUGAAGGUGUGAUCCGCAACACAGAGCCGUUAGAAUACGACAAGUCGCACAACCACAUCUUGUCCGUGGUCGCGUACGACUGCGGCAUGAUGCAGUCGGCUCCUGUCAUGGUCACCAUAAAAGUGAACAAGCCCUGCCGUGCUGGGUGGAAGGGUCUAGCAGAGCGUGUGGACUACGCGCCAGGAACAGGUCCGCUGGCCCUCUUCCCUGCUGCAAGGCUGGAAGCGUGCUCCAGUGAUGAGAGAUGUCCAGGAGUCACGAGGAUCCAAGCAGCGGUCACACUGCAAGCCUCCAGGGCGGGAGUCGCCUGUGACCGAGAUACAUACACUUUACACUCUCAAAGAACUAUUUGUGGUUUAGAUUCGAAAACUGUCGAUCUGCUGCCGAGUCCCGGCGCGGGCAACGAGUGGGCAAAGUCUUUGAAACCAGACUCAGGGCCUGAUGGGGAGCAAAUGUUCGAGUUCGAUGGAGAGUCCACGUCAGCUGUUGUUCCGGAGACUAUCCUGAAACAUUCCCUUGGAUCCACCUUCUCCAUCAGCACAUGGUUAAGACAUGCUCCUCCCCCCGACCACGAUAAGCACAGGAAAGAACAUAUCGUGUGCUUGGCUGAUGAUCAUAAAAUGAACCGACACCACUACGCACUUUUCGUACGUAACUGCCGUCUCAUUCUCCUUCUGAGGAGAGACUUCGGAGAAGGAGAUCUGAACAUCUUCAGACCUGCAGAAUGGCGCUGGAAGUUGCCUGAGGUAUGCGACAAUGAAUGGCAUCACUACGCCGUGAACGUGCGUUUCCCCAAUGUGGAGUUGUUCGUGGACGGUGAGCUCUGGCGCGCUCCAGACGCCAAGGCACCAGAGGUCAUCGACGACUGGCCACUUCAUCCGGCACAUGGUGUUAACACUACCUUGGUAGUAGGAGCUUGCUGGCAGGGCACAGAGGACGACAUGAAGCACCACAUGCACGGGUGGAUGGCAGGGCUGGGCGUGCUGCCGGGCGGCGUGCAGCCCGCCGCCGCGCUGCGCUGCGCCGCACGCUGCCGCGAGGGGCUCAGCCUCGCGCCCGACCUCUAUCUAAAGUCAGUAUCUGUGGAGGGCGACGGCGCGGCGGAAGUGGAGACGCUGGUGCGGCGCGUGGCGUACGGCGACGCGCGCGCCUUCCCCACGCCCGGCCGCCGGAACGUGCACCUCGCUACCACCAUCACCUGCGAUAACGGGCGCAUCAUCCAAGCGCGGCCAGCGGAAUCGUACGUGAUGGUGCUAGCGCCACAGACGCCCACCAUCCUGCUAAACGGCAGCGCGGACGCGGCGCGCGACUACGCGCACUUCCGCGCCGGCCUGCCCGUGUUCCCCGACCUGCGCGUGCGCGUGCUCGCGCGCGCCGGCGACGCCGUCAGAGAAGCGGAGAGCCAGAAGCUGGACUCGUGCGUGGUGUCGGUGUACCCGGCGCUGAACCCCGACCACGAGGCGCUGGCGCUGCGCGGCGCCGCGGCGCUGCCCGCCUCCGACGUGCGCGCCGCACUCACGCGCGACGGCGUCAGCCUCACCGGCGCCGACACCGUGCAUAACUACCAGAAGGUCCUGCGCGAGAUCGAGUACAGCAACAAGAAGCCGGCGUACUACCUCAACCGCGUAUUCAAGCUGACGUGCUCCGAGCUCAACGGACGCUUCACCAGUAAUGAAUACGUACAGACGCUGACGGUAGUGCACCCGCGCGCCGCCGGCGACGCGCACGCGCAGCGCCCCUCCGGCCUCGCCGACAAGCUGGACGUCGCACGGGACAAGUCGGCGGCUAGCAACAGCAUCGCGGGCGCCAUGACGGCGCCGCGCGCGUUCUCCGCGCACGCGCUGCGCUCGCCGCACGCCGCCGAGAUGCCCGCCGCGCGCCUGCUCGACCUGCGCGAGCGCACGCAUGAACACGCCUCCAACAACGUAGCGGUCCUGAUCGGCGCGGUGUGCGUGGGCGCGCUGGUGGCGCUGGCGGCGCUGGGCGCGGCGCGCGCGCGCUCGCGGGCCCGCGCGCCGCCGCGCGCCCUGCGCCUCGCGCCGCACGACGGCGAGAUGGCGUGGGACGACUCCGCGCUCACCAUCACUGUCAACCCCAUGGAGGAGCAGGCGGUGACAGAGCGUGGCGCGGCGGGCGCGGGCGCGGGCGCGGCGGGCGACGACUCCGACGCGGAGUCCUGCUCCGACUCCGACUCGCACAACGAAUCGUCUGACGAGGAGGAUGAAGUGAUGUCCGGCAAGCAGCACAAAUACAGGAACAUCAGCCAGCUCGAGUGGGACAACAGCACGAUG